AUGAGAUCUCCGGCGCAGGAUCAACUCAACGAGUUCAAGAAGAACAAGACGGGAAUCACCUACAUAACCACCAGUGCCGGAGCCGCUGUAGGGUCCAAAACGGCAUCACUGACCGUGGGGCAGCGGGGCACCAUGCUGCUGCAAGACUUCGUUUACCUGGAUGAGAUAGCCCACUUCAACAGGGAGAGGAUCCCAGAAAGAGUGGUACAUGCUAAGGGAGCAGGUGCUUUUGGACAGUUCGAGGUGACCCAUGAUAUCACCAAAUAUUGCAAGGCGGGAUUGUUCAAGGUUGGCAAGAAAACCCCGGUCGCCGUGAGAUUCUCCAAUUUGGGUAGCGAAAAGGGAAUGGCGGAUACAACCCGUGAUCUGGUUGGAUUCGCCAUCAAGUUUUAUACAGAGGAAGGCAAUUGGGAUCUAGUCGGGAGUAAUCUGCCUGCCUUCUUCCUCCGGGACCCGAUCCACUUCCCCAGUUUUGCGCAUAGUCAAAAGCGAAAUCCGGUGACGAAUGUCAAGGACGCUGAUAUGUUCUGGGACUUCAUUGCUCUGCGGCCAGAGACAACCCAUGCUGUGCUGCAUCUGUUUUCUGACCGUGGCCUGCCCGAUGGUUACCGCCACAUGCACGGCUACGGGAACCACACCUUCAAGAUGGUCAACAAGGAUGGGUGUGUGUACUACGCCAAGUUCCAUAUCAAGACGAACCAAGGCAUCAAAAACAUAUCGCCAGAGGAAGCCACGUGCAUAUCAGGAAACGACCCUGACUUCGCCAUUCGAGACCUGUUCAACGCUAUAGGUAGAAAGGAGUUCCCUUGCUGGUCCAUCUUUGCGCAGAUUAUCUCCGAGGAGGACGCGCGAAUGGCCAAAGACUGGAACCCGUUUGAUCCCACAAAGGUUUGGCCGCACGAAAUAAGCCGCUUAGUGCCAAUAGGCAAACUCAUUCUCAACCGUAAUCCAAAGAACUACUUUGCGGAGGUGGAACAGCUAGCUUUCUCGCCCGCUCACAUGGUUCCAGGGAUCGAGCCUAGCCCAGAUAAAGUUCUUCAGGGCCGCUUGUUCGCCUACUCAGACGCCCACCGCUACCGUGUGGGGGCCAACUAUCACCAGAUCCCCGUCAACUGCCCCUACAAAGCCAAGCCCAGCAACUACCAGAGGGACGGUCAAAUGUGUGUGGACUGCAAUCAAGACGGGGCGCCCAACUACUACCCUAACUACUUUAACGGACCAAUGGACAGUUGCAAGUUCUUGGAGACGCCAAUGUGUGUCUUUGGCGAGGUGGCCAGAUAUGAAACAAUCGAUGAUGACAAUUACACACAGGCCUCGGCUUUCUAUCAGAAUGUCCUGUGCCCAGAUGAACAAAACAGACUGGCUGAAAACAUCGGCAAUUCGCUAAGAGAUGCACAGUCCUACAUCCAGUACCGCGUUAUGGAGAACUUGAGCAAUGUAGACCCCGAACUGGUGGAAAAGAUCAAGAUAGUCAUUG